GAUAUCCCAUUUUCCUCUCACUAGUCACUCCAGCCAGAUUAACCCAACACCAGAGUCUGGAGUCUGGACGCCAUCCCCCAUCUCUCUCUCUCUGCAAUUUUCUUACUCCGCAAUAACCAUGUUUGAGGAAUCAGUAUCGUCUUCCUCUACACCUUCAAUCUGGGCUUCCAUUAACAGCUGGUUCACAUUCCAUGUUCUCUUCUGCCUCCUCAAUCUCAUGAUUAUCACCAUUGGCGUAACUUCAAGACUUGGCAACCAAAAGCACCGCGACCAACAACAACAAAAUCAAGAAGCGGCAGAAGCCCAAGAACAGCCGCAACGUCCACAGAUUGCUAGAUCUUCAUCUGUGUUGCAGAGGGUCAAAUCCAUCAACUUCUACUCCUACAGAUCCCAGGAACAUUCUACCACCUUCGAGCAAUUCCCAGAAUCAGAGACCCAUUACGCUUUUAAGCAGUCCCAUGAACAAGAGGAACUCCCACUCACCAGAUCUCCAUCUGUGCUUCAGAGGCUCAAAUCCAUCAACUUCUACAGUUAUCUAUACCAAGGGCCCGGCACAGUACAGUCUCACACCCCCACCGGUUUGCAGAAAACCCAGGAAUUCGAUACCCAUUACAGUUCUCAAGAGCUAAAAGGAAACGAAGAUCAAGAAGAUGAGCAAACACAAGACCAAGAACAAGAUCAAUACCAGGAGCAGUCCAUGGAUGAGAUUUACGGCCGGCUACAGAGUGCACACGUUACCAGAAGCAAGUCCGAUACCAAGCCGGCCUCGGGCGAGGUGCCGAAAAAGCUGUCGAGGAAGAUGAAGAAGUCUGCAAGCUCUAAGUCGGCAUUUGCGCAUUUCGAAGAGGACGAAAUCGUUGAGACUCGCCGGCCGGCUACUGUUAGGGAAGGGAAGGUUGGAGGGGCUGAGUCUGACGAUAACGAGGUGGACGCCAAGGCCGACGAUUUCAUCAACAGGUUCAAGCAGCAGUUGAAGUUGCAGAGGCUGGACUCCAUUAUGAGGUACAAGGAGCUGAUCCACAGGGGGACUGGUAAGUAAGGAUAAUUACUUUCUAGGGGUGUGUUUUUGUAUUUUUUGCUAAUUUGGGGGUUGGCUAAACCUUAAAGUAUCUUUUCUUUAUUCCAGAAAAAGCAAAAUUGGUGGGUUAAAAAAAAAAAAAAAAUGUAGGGGUUUAUUGUAAGUGAUGGAGUCUACUGUUUAUGUUUAUAAAACUAUUUGUUUAAAUUAUGCCCUUAUGAUUAUUACUGGAUUCACGCUAUUAAUUGCUGAA